AUCCUUCUAACCUCUAUUUAAUGCUUUCCAUUUAUGAUUUCUUUUAUUUUGUCAGUUAUCUCCAAGGGAAGUUCCCAAUUUGAGUGAAAAAAAUGACUUAUAUCAUGGAAUUUUGAGUUUUGAAGUAAGAUUCUUUGAGCUCAAUCUCUCUUCCAUUGAACAACAGCCAUAUUCUCUCUUGUUUACCUCUAAUGAUGCCGCGUUUCAGUCACCACUAUCUUUGUGGAAAGCGGAAGAAAUGGGUUAUUGGGUGACUGAUUAUCUCCCUAGACUUGACAAAAAUCUCAAUAUUUUGGUGGUGGAUCAUGAUCCCCUCUCUCUUAUGCAGAUGGCUUCUUUGCUUGAGCAACAGUUCUACAAGGUAACCACCACUCAACAAGCAUCUGUAGCUCUAUCAAUGAUUGAGGAAAAAGGUGACCGAUUCGACCUUGUCAUGGCCAACGCGAGCAUGCCCGAUAUGGACAAAUUUUCGUUUUUGCACGCGCUCCUUAAGAAGAAUAUUGCUGUCAUUUCAGUUAUGUUGUCGGGGAUGAAUUUGGACGUGGCUACCAAACCAUCGGCAGGAGGAAAAUCCUAUUUCCUUCAAAACCCGAUUUCCAAGGAUGAUCUCAAAUACGUAUGGCAACACAUAUAUCACCGUAACAUAAAUGUAACCAAACUAGCCCAGAAAGUAAAUUUUAUAGAAAAAUCCAAAUCUGGAGGUAUCAAAAUUGCAGACACCAUAGAUUUGUCUGGGUCUGACGCUAAUAAUAAUAGCUACAUUAAUUACCAACCUACGAACUAUAAGGGAAAAGAGAGAACGAAGCAAACUGAAUAUCAGGAUGGCCUAGUUGGGUCAAACUUUGGAGGAAGAAGAUCAAGUCACGACAUAGAAGGAACGAUCAAGGAGAAGAGAAUUAAGUUUGGAAGUCAAAGAAUUGACAAGGAUCAUGAAAGAAGAAACGAAUAUUAUAUUCCCAGUGACGGUAGAUCAUGUCUUCUUUGGAAUGCAGAACGACAUCGCAAGUUCACCUACGCCCUCAACAAGCUAGGUGAUAGAUCUCGCCCCAAGCUUAUACUCAAGAUGAUGAAUGAACCAUGUUUGACCCUCCGCCAAGUCGCAAACCACUUGCAGGUAUUCUUCUAUCAGAAACACAAAGCUCAAGUAGAGUGCAUUAAAAGGAGGAGAGAAAAUAAAUUAGCUUUCAAGGGGGAGACAUCCAAAUCCAAUUCCUCCGCUAGAACUCAACUUUCUCCUCUACUUCAAAAGCAGCAUCACAAGAUGAGAAGAAUUAGAGAUGGAUCAGCUAGAUCGACCUGUUUUUUAGGUGGGGAUAAACUCCGACCUAUUGUCCCUAAAACUCAACCUAUUCCUGGAUUGCCUGUUAGCAACUUUGCAAAUUGUGGUCUCGGAAUGCUUAACCACAAUUUCCAGCAAGUUGACAGCUACUUAAACUACAAUUCAAUUCCAUUUAACAACAAUAAGGAAGUUGGAUUAUACCCUUAUAACAUCCAAACAUUUGAGAAGGAAGCUGGGAAUGUUUUAUGCUCUGACGUUAGUGAGAAGUUUGCUUUAGUAGGAGAGGAGGUUCAAAUAUCUGAGUUGAACUUUCCAAAUGUCUCUACAAUGGCAUCGGAGGUAGCUUGUUCUCGCAUAUUUGAUGAAAUCCAACUCCCAGAUAAUCUUCUUGAUGUAGUUGAUCAUCAACUAUAUUUGAGUGCUUCUGAAAUUGAAAACCAAAAAGCAAUGGAAUGUAGUGGUAUAUCAAAAGAGAUUCCAUCGCCAUUUAGGGAGAUCACUGUACCCGACUCGAACAAUGUUGCUCCAGAUUUUAUUGAUUGGGAACCAGAGCUUCCCACUACUUUUGGAAAUGAAGGAAGCCAACCAUUAACAGAGUAUGCUGAUAUGAUCUUAAAUGUACUAGAAGAUGAUCCAUACAAUCUUGGCAGCGACUUAAGUUUAAGCGACGUUGAUAAAUAUUGCGAAUGGCUAAGGAGCACAGUACUCGAAGAUGGAAGCAGUCCAAACAACUUUAUCUGUGACAAUGCAGAGAAGGUUCCAAUUGGAAAUGCUCAAUAAGUACUUACAAAACCACGCUGCUGAUGCACUCUCCAGAGACGUGAAUGAGAAUCGGAUAGAAAGUUACUAGCUAAUUAUAUAUAGAGGGAGAGAUAAUAUAAAGUUAAAAUUUCUGAAGUGUACAUAAGACUAAAUAAUAGUUUAAUAGUACUCUAUAAACAAU